AUGAAGUAUAUCUUCGCAGUUGGUGUAUUGGCAGCAGGGCAAGCGAGUACUCUUACUGGAACUAUGGCUGGUCAAUACGUUAUGGAGGGUUUUAUGCAUAUCCGUAUAUCAAUGUGGGUAAGAGUACUAUUAACACGUACUAUAGCUCUAGGGCCGGCCUUGGCAAUUGCUUUAGUUGAGAGUGAAGUAUCGGGUAUGAACGGCAUCAAUGCGUGGUUGAAUAUUCUGCAGUCUAUACAGCUACCCUUCGCGUUGUUACCGUUACUGCACUAUGCGAUGAGCAAGAAGGUUAUGGGCACGUUUGCAUUGAAUAGAUGGUGGAGUGCUGGACUGUGGUUGUUGGCACUUAUUAUCCUCGCUAUUAACGUUUACCUCAUCAUCACUACACUGGUCCCCUUAGAUUGGCCUUGGUAUGCAUGGGCAAUUAUUGGUGUUGUAUUCUACCUGUAUGUUAGUCUAUGUUUCUAUUGUGUAGAAGAUGACUUGUCCCGUGGGUGCUCCAAUGUGAAGCAUGAUAUUACAUUCUUCCUCAAGCCGGUUAUUCGAGGCUUUAAGAUGCUCUAUGGUCAAUGCAAGAGAGCAUUUGAUAAGUGUAUUGGAAGGAAGGAUGAUGAUAAUGAGGUGGAAGACUGUGCGUAG